CAGUUAUCUCACCACCUCUUCCUCGCGCUUUCAGCAGCGCCCGUCCGGUACCCCGUCCCUCCGCUCUAUCUCCUCGCUCCUCCCUUUCCCGCCACCGUUCUCCGCGCUUUCCGUCCCGUCUCCUCGCUUUCCCUGCCGCGAGUUAUCCCUCUCUGCGACGUCGCACGCUUCGCAUGGCCGGCGACGAUUCGCGUCGCAUGGAGGAGUCGCCCAACGUCGCAGGAGCCGCGGCGGAUGGAGUUCCAGCAGCCCUUGGCGCCAAAGCGAGAGCGACGGCGGGCGCGGAAGCGGAAAGGCUGGCGGACAAGCCGCGCGGAGAGGAGCAGGGAGGGAUGAAUCCGGGCGCGGAGAGGGGCGCGGAGAGGGGCGCGGAGAAGCCGCGCGGAGAGGAGCGGCGGCAAAGGUUAUGGGAGAUGUACGGUCGGAUGCAGUCGAAGCUCUUCCAAGACGUGCCUGAGAUGGGCGUGACUGAGCUGCACCAGCUGCUGCUGGCACAGCAGGCAAGGGGCGGGGAGGGUGGCGGGGGAGGGGAUAGGAGGGGGGAUGGGGGGAGUGAGGGGAGGGGGGAUGGGGGAGGAGGGGGGGGAGAUGUGGGAGGGGAUGCGAGGGGCGGGCGGCAGGUGGUGGUGGUGGAUACGCGCACGGAGGAAGAGACGGCGGUGUCGAUGAUUCCGGGCGGCACACUGAAGCAGAGGGACUUUGAGCGGCAGAUCGAGAAGUUCAAUGACCACAGAGUGGUGUGCUACUGCACCAUAGGCUACCGCAGUGGCAACUAUGCGCGAAUGCUGCGCUCUCAGCACCAGAUGGACGCAUACAAUCUCAAGGGCUCCAUCCUCUCAUGGACCCACCACCACCUCCCCCUCACGUCCCUCUACCACCCUACCACUGGCUCCGGACCCCUUACCACUCACGCCAACACCGCCACUGCACCUGACGUCACCCCCCAAGUUCGCAUGGAAGGGGGGCAGCGCCUUCUGAUGCUGAGUCUAGACAUGAGAAUGGGAGGGCGGUCGCUGCAGAAGAAGAUGGAAGGGCAACCGUUGGAUCUCCAGUGCUUCCCCUGGGAGCCACCGCUCGGGUGCAUGUGUAUUCGCCCAAAUAUGAGCUGCACGCAGAUGGUUACCAGCCGGUGCACUUUGCAAAUGGUGUGCCAUGGGUGUCAGCAGUUUGGAGCGACAUCAGCAUGCGGUUGCCCAAGUGGGUUCGGUCACUCACCAAUCCCACAAAUCAAUAGCAAGCACAAAUGGCAUGCAAUGAAGUGGAAGCAUGUGCAUAAUGUAUAGGCACACAUGAUAACGCAGAUUUUCCUGAAGCCAUGCAUUUUUACACUGAAGCCAAGCAAAUACUCGCGACUAGCGUGACCUGAUUAGGAGGAGGUGUAUUCAUAUUUUUAUGUCUGAACGUCGAGUGGAGCGGUACAGUCU